AUGGUUGAUACAGAAACAAUAGUAUUCUCAUCCGCUUCGUCGGAUUCGGGUUUGGGCGGUGUUGAAAAUAUCAGACAGCAUCAUCAGGAACAGAAUCGAAGUGCUCGUAGUUUUGAUGCCGACGACAUUGAAUUACCAGCCAAUUGGCCUGAUUAUGAUUUUCAACGAAAAAAGAGCUGUUUGUUUAGUCGAGUCUUUUGCACAUGUGUAACAAAAGCGAUCAAUCAUCUUGAAUUAGUGCAGAAUGCGAUUGAACAAAAAGACGUAUCUGCUAAACGAGGUACCACAUCGAAACGGGAAGUUCGUUUCAGUCAGGUGCAGCUUUCUAUAAAUGCACUUGAAAUCGUCGGCCAAGGUGGUCAUGUUGCACAUGAACAUCCACAUCAUGAGAUUCUCGAAGAUGAAGUUAUUGACGAAGUCUUAUUACUCCUAGCACGACUAGAUCGUGAACGCUUACGCCUAAUUCAUUUGUGUGAACACGAACAAUUCGUCAGAGAGAAAUUAAAAGAAAGCAUCGAUAGUUGGCGAUUGAAACGAUUACGAGAUUUACCUUUAGCUGUGCAAAGAGAGCAUGAUGCAUGUAUCACUGAUAUUAGUGAACUACAAUGGCAUAUCACUUACAAUGCUCGGUUGGCUGAAAAGAUGUUUGCAAAGGUUGAUCUAUCUCGCAUAUGGCAUCAACAACUUGACAUUGAAGUCAGCAACAUUCGUCAAACCACGGACUUGAUUGUUGAAAAAGUUCGAACUGAAUCCAUUGAAAUAAAGAGAAUCAGUGAUGUUUUGAGAGAAACUGAACAUGAAUUGAUGCUAAGCCGUGCAAAAAAUGCCGAUGUACAAGAAAAAGCUGCUCGUGCUAAUCAACGUGCUUCACUCGAACGUGGUGAAAUGCGAAACGAAUUAGAGAAAACGCAGAAAGUUCUACAAACCAUGACAAACAAAUUACAUGCCGCGCAAGAUUUACACAAAAAUUAUUUGAAAACUAUAGCUGAUUCGAAGCAAACAGUAAAAAAGAACGAACGUACUUACAAAGAAGAAGUGGCCAAACGUGAUGCUGCGCGAGCAGAAAUCGCUAAUUGUAAACUCAAAUUAUCACUACUUGCUACCAAUCGUGAAAAUAUCCAAUUUGAAAUUCAACGUUUGACUGCUAAUUCUGAACGAGCUCGAUCGGAAGAACAAGCCCGUGAGGAUGAGCGCAAAAAAGAAUUGGCUAUUCUAGAGGAGAAUGCACUGAAACGUGAGAGCAAAUUGGAGAAAAUUUUGAAGAAGUCAAAAGAAAAGAUAGUCUUGAUCGAUGAAUACGAACGACAAUUGGCUAAAAUUAAUGAACAAAUUGAUCGUCAUCAGAAAACUUUGGAACGUCAUGAAAAACAACGUACUCGUGACGCCGAAAUGUUGCGAACGGUCACGGAAAAUUUACAUCGAGCUUUGUACACCAACGAAUCAAUAACAUCAGAUAUGCGACGUGAAACUGAAGCACUUCAAAAGGAAGAAGAUGGACUUCGAGCACUGAUGGAAUCUUUACGACGUCAGAUCGAUGAUGAAGGAACAAUGAUUGGAAUGAUUGAUGAGCAUUUAGCGACAGAUCAACGUGAACUCGAUAGCAUUAAUGAUGCCGAAGCUAUCCGUGCAGAACAUGCCGGACGUAUAGAAACAGAUUUACAAGGCAAAUACGAUGUUUUAUCUGCAUGUGUGGCAAACUUAGAAGCAGAAGAUGUAAAAAUGAAGGAAAAUUUACAAUCAUUGAAAGAAAUCUUCGACGAAAUCAACGAGAAAUAUCUGAAAGAAAAGAGUCAAUUGGAACAAUCACGAGCUGUUAUCAACGAAAAACACGAGUCAACUUCGACAACAGCAAAUGAUCUUGGUAGCAAACUCGAGCAUAUUCUCACACGAUCCGCUUAUAUGAAGAAACAUAUUCAAGAGAUGUCGGAAUCUCGUGGUGCUAUGGAAGUUUUAACGGCGAAGAUUCGCGUUGAAAUUCAAGCAGCUGAAUCAGAAUUAGUCGAUGUGAAGUAUAAUCUUAGUCUGGCCGAAGCCGGUGAACGAGAAGUCGUACGUGUCCUUCAACAAUGUGUACAACGGCAAACAAGCAUGAAUACAUUGAAUAAACAUUUAUUCCAAGAACGUUCGAAUUACCAAUCGGAGAAACAGACAGCUAUUGAGAAUGCACUGGCACUCAAUACUGAACUAGCUGGUUCUUAUCGAGAUGUUUUGUAUACAUACUAUGAAAUCAAAAGUCUUUUGAUGGGAAAAUUAGAACAACGUCUCGAUGCAGUCGCUCGAGUGAAAGAUCGGCGACAGUUGAUUGAACUACAAACACGACUUCACGAUGCAUUAAAUCUCUAUCUGGGAAUCAAAAAUGAAUUCGUGGGACAACAUCUCGGUCAGUUAAAUCAUGACAGUCAUCACAAUGGUUUGAAAUUGUUACAAAUUCAAGAAACAGUUCAAUCAGCUAUAGAAGAAAUAACCCAGUUUCUUUCUGAUCAAGUCGAUUUCGAUACGAUACAUCAAGAAGCUAUGCUUAAAGUACACAGGGAUGAAUUGAAAGAAAAACAAAAUGAACAAGUGCCUGCAUAA